AUCCCGGCGGAGAUGGGGGCGGCGGCCGCAGAGGCCGACCGCACUCUCUUCGUGGGUAACCUGGAGACGAAGGUGACCGAGGAGCUCCUCUUCGAGCUCUUCCACCAGGCUGGGCCAGUAAUAAAGGUGAAAAUUCCAAAAGAUAAAGAUGGCAAGUUGAAGCAAUUUGCAUUUGUGAAUUUCAAACACGAAGUGUCUGUUCCUUAUGCCAUGAAUCUUCUCAAUGGAAUCAAACUUUUCGGGAAGCCCAUCAAAAUUCAGUUUAGAUCAGGAAGUAGUCACGCCUCUCAGGAUGCCAGUGUGUCAUAUCCCCAGCAUCAUGUCGGAAAUUUAAGUCCUACCUCCACAUCUCCUAACAGCUAUGAAAGGACAGUGGGUAACAUGACUCCAUCAGCACAGAUGGUUCAGAGGUCCUUCUCUUCUCCAGAAGAUUAUCAGCGGCAAGCAGUGAUGAACAAUGUUUUCAGACAGAUGUCAUAUGCUGGGAAAUUUGGUUCUCCACAUGCAGAUCAGUCGGGAUUUUCGCCAUCAGGUCAAUCACAUGGUCAUCCCUUUAACCAGUCUUCCAGCUCCCAGUGGCGCCAAGAUGCAUUGUCACUACAGCGUAAAAGACAGAAUUCUCACCCCUACCUGUCAGAUAGACACUAUAGUCGUGAGCAGCGCUACUCUGAUCAUGGGCCCGACUAUCAUUACAGAGGAGGCCGAGAGGAUUUCUACUAUGACGACAGGAACCAUGAUGGCUGGAGCCACGACUAUGAUAGCAGAAGGGACAGUAGUAGAAGUGGGAAAUGGUCCUCAUCUCGACACUAGCAAGCAUUCCAGGGACAUUGUUUACAGGGCCAUUUUAGGCCCUCUUCAUUAAGUUGUUCUGGAAAUAUUUCUAAAACUGCACAGAGUAGCCCCACAGUUUUCCACCUGUCUUUGAAAAAGAGAAGUUUUUCAGCCUAGCAUCAGUUUCCUAGAGAAGGCAGAACUGCGCUCCACGUUUGUACCUCAGGGCUUCUGAAGAGGGAGGAUUCUAUACAAAAGAACGUCCCACCAUUCCAGUCACUUCAGUCUAGGGAAGAUGAACUGUAUACAUUGGUUGUAUUAUAAAGCAAAUAUUUUUAAUUAUCUCACCCUUUUGUGUUGCAAGGAUUUUCUUGGUAAUGAAAUCAUUUUGGUGUAUAUAGUAGGAAACAUCCAAGUUGGUAGUCUGAAAUGGCUAUCUCCAUUUUGUUAAUAAAUGAGAAAAUGGAACUCAGUAAUCCGUUUUAUUAACAGCUUAUUUAAAACAGUUUAUUGGUUUUGCUUGGGGAUAAAUCAUAUUUUCUAAUUCAGAAUUUAAGUACAAAUUCUGUGGUAUGCUCUUGAAUUUUAUCACAAUUAAACAUACAUUAUAAAUCUAUACUAGUUCAUUCUAAGAACUUUAAAAUCUUUUCAUUAAAUUAUAUUUGAUGUAUGACUAGUCACUCAGGAAGUUAAAUAUCUACUUGUAUAUUUUUACAUAAGAAGACAGUGUUGAUAAACUCUUUUUAGAGGAACAGCAAUGUUGAUACAUAGAUAAAAUGGCAAAAUGUUUCACUGCAAGGAUUAUAGUUUUGAAAUUUUGUUUAACAAUACUUCCAUGUUUCAAGAUGCUGACGCUUGUUCAUUGUAAAAUCGUUUUUAAGAAUUCUGUGAAAAAUAUGGAUCCUCUUUAUACCACAGCAUUUAUACUAUGUUCCUUUUUAAUAUAUUAAAUACAUAAAAAGAGAA